GUGAUGUAACAGGAAGCUCUGAUGUUUCCCUUCUGCUGCUGAGCACAUACAAUGUGACAACACUUCCAAUCUACUCAGAACAACCCUCCCUCCAGCAGAGUGUCACCUCCUGCUUUAGGAUCAUCAAGCUCUGCUGACUGGACCUCACCCUGCCUGCAGGAUCACAUUGCAAGGCUUUCACUCUUCUCCACCUUGCCUGGGGCUAAAUCUCUUCUGCGGAAUCUUAGAAAAUCAAAUUCCAUCCUAAGAAUAUUUCACCAAGAAUUUCCUUAGGAGCUGUGCUGGGGUACUACGAUGAUACACCAACCACUUGUGCUGCCACCUGUCAAAACUUUGGAUGGCUCUACUUUCAGGUCAUGACCCCAGGAUUUAAGAAGUUCUUGAAGACAACGUCGAAUAUGAUCCAAGAGAAAAUGUGAUUUAAGUCUGGAGACAAUUGUGCAUAUUAACUAGUAAUAAAAACCCGGUGUAGCAGACAGAAGAGAAUACGUUAUCUGAAAGAGUGCUACACUUAAAAAGAAAAGCUGUUUCCAGUUUGAUUUAUAUUAUAUAGCGUAUUUCAUUUUGGCAUUAAUGAUGGAGAAAAAGUGUAUGCUGUAUUUUCUGCUUCUCUUGUCUUUUUUUACGAUUCUUGUCAUAGCAGAACCAGAAGAAGAGGGCCAUGGUGACCUGAAUCAGUUGGGUGUUACUAGAAAUAAAAUCAUGACAGCUCAAUAUGAAUGUUACCAGAAAAUUAUGCAAGACCCCAUUCAACGAACAGAAGGCAUGUACUGCAAUAGAACCUGGGAUGGAUGGCUGUGCUGGAAUGAUGUGGCAGCAGGAACAGAAUCAAUGCAGCAUUGCCCUGAUUACUUUCAGGACUUUGAUCCUUCAGAAAAAGUUACAAAGAUCUGUGACCAAGAUGGAAACUGGUUUAGACAUCCGGCAAGCAACAGAACAUGGACAAAUUACACCCAGUGUAAUGUUAACACACAUGAGAAGGUGAAGACGGCACUGAAUUUGUUUUACCUGACUAUAAUUGGACAUGGAUUAUCUAUUGCAUCACUGCUUAUCUCACUUGGCAUAUUCUUUUAUUUCAAGAGCCUAAGCUGCCAAAGGAUUACGUUGCACAAAAAUCUGUUCUUCUCCUUUAUUUGUAACUCUGUUGUAACAAUCAUUCAUCUCACUGCAGUGGCCAAUAACCAGGCCUUAGUGGCCACAAAUCCUGUCAGUUGUAAAGUGUUCCAGUUCAUUCAUCUUUACCUGAUGGGCUGUAACUACUUUUGGAUGCUUUGUGAAGGCGUUUACCUACACACACUCAUUGUGGUGGCCGUGUUUGCAGAGAAGCAACGCUUAAUGUGGUAUUAUUUUCUUGGCUGGGGAUUUCCAUUGAUUCCUGCUUGUAUACAUGCCAUAGCCAGAAGUUUAUACUACAAUGAUAACUGCUGGAUCAGUUCUGAUACCCAUCUCCUCUACAUUAUCCAUGGCCCAAUUUGUGCUGCUUUACUGGUGAAUCUUUUUUUCCUGUUAAAUAUUGUACGCGUUCUCAUCACCAAGUUAAAAGUUACUCACCAAGCAGAAUCCAAUCUCUACAUGAAAGCCGUGAGAGCUACACUGAUCCUGGUGCCAUUACUUGGGAUUGAAUUUGUGCUGAUUCCAUGGCGACCUGAAGGAAGGAUUGCAGAGGAGGUAUACGACUACAUCAUGCACAUUCUUAUGCACUAUCAGGGUCUUUUGGUCUCUACAAUUUUCUGCUUCUUUAAUGGAGAGGUUCAAGCAAUUCUGAGAAGAAACUGGAACCAAUAUAAAAUACAAUUUGGAAAUGGCUUUUCCCACUCAGAUGCUCUUCGUAGUGCAUCUUACACUGUGUCAACCAGUAUAACCAGUGAUGGCACAGGUUAUAGUCAUGACUGUCCAAGUGAACACUUAAAUGGCAAAAACUACCAUGAUAUUGAAAAUAUUGUCUUAAAAACAGAAAAGUUGAACGAUUAUAUUAUAUAAUAGAGGCAGUAUUACUUAGCUAUGUUAUGCCACUCCUAACUUAAGGAUUUGGAUCCAUGACUUUAUAAUCGGAAGACUUCAAUGUUAAAUGAAUUUCUUGAUUGCCACAAAGAUAGCCCUCACGUGAAUUCAGUAGGGUGUUGAUAAAUAUUUAACAGCUAGCUCUGUGGAAGGGAAAGAAAGACCUGACUUGUAAUGUUUGCCAGUUUUUAUGGUGGUCCUACCAUUGCUGAUUUCCAAUCUACAAACUUGACAACACUGAAUGUGGAAUUAGGAAAAGAUGACUAAAAUCAACUCUUGUGGCUGGCCAGUUCUAGCACACUACGGCAUGAAAUCACAAACGAAUGCGGCUCUAAAAGUUCAUAUACACCUUGGGCAUGAAUCUACUCUUGUUGCCUAAAGAGACCUAGCUAAGGUCUAUAGACUUGGAGAGAAAAUUAGCUUUUCACUUAUUUUUAAAAUCUUUAUCCCAUAUUCAUUGGUGCAGUUGACUUUUUAUCCCCCCCCCCCCAGAGUAUUUUAGCCCUUUUUGUAUUUACCCUUUCAAACAGAACAGAUAAUUGCUCCUGUAAAGCUUACCUUCUUCCCAAGAAAAGUAACUGAGCUGAGUUGCUACCGGCUACUGAUUUGCUGAUGCAUCACAGUUACACUCUGUGUCAUAUUUGUUUUUGAGACUUGAUGAAUAGUAUGUAUGAUGUGCAAUCCUACUUUGAUAUCAUUAGGGAGACAGCAGCUCGGUUGAAUACUACAAAACACCUUCUCAGCUACUUUCCCAUCUUAUUACAUAAGAUAAGAGGGAAUCAGUGUCCCUGUAUCUUUAAACAGAAACUUUGCCCCUUCCAUUUCUACUGUGUAGACAACUUAGCAAAUACUUCACAUGAAGAAAAUCAAUGAAGAGUUUCUUAUUUCCUUGGCAGUUUGUAAAAAAAAAAAAAAAAAAAAAAAAAAAAAAAAUUGUGAAAAGUGAGCUUGUAAAUACUCAGUUAUUCUAUUUUAUAGCCUCAACUCAAAUACAUACAAUCUAGGUAACAUUUUUAAAAACAAAUACAUAAUGUGACAAUAUAUGAAUGUUGAUAUCUGAUACUGUGUCUGGGCUGAUUUUAUAAUAAAAUAGAGUCUGGAAUUCUAUAUUUGGUAAAUAUUUUAAAGACAACCAGAUGUCAGUAUCAGAAGUUUAGAAUUAACAAAAUAGCUAUGAUAACAUAUAAAAUAUUUAUUGAAAACAAACUCAAAGCCGUUUUUUAUUGAACUUAGCUUUGGUGUUUCAUACCUUAAUAAUAGGUAUGUUUGACAUAUUUGUCUUUUUAUUUUGACGAUGAACUUGCAGUCUAAUCCAGAAAAUUUAAGUGACUCCUACUGUAAUAAAUGCUAAUCCACUACUGUUAUGGUUUUUACCCCUUUAAAAUAUUAAUUUUCUGACUUUUACUAUCUAAAGAUAUACGGCUUUAGAAAUGUUCCAGGUUAUUUAAAAAAAAAAACUAUAAAAAUACACUAUAUGUCAUAUACAGUGUUUUAAUAUUUUAAUAGAGCUACUAUAUAUUAUAAUACAAAUCAGUGAAAGAUUUGAAUAUAGCAGUGAGGAAGAAUUUUUGUCAGCAUGUUUAUGGAACAUUUAAAUUAAGAUGGAAGAAAGCCAUCUAAAAUUAUUUUCCACUGAAAUAUCUGAAAAACAAAAAUGCGAUCGAUGAGUAAAAGUCAAUUUUGGGAGGAGAAGUCAUUAUAGGUAUAUGUUUUUACAGUGUAUCAACCUGCAUCAAAUGGAUUAAAUGAUUCACUUAGUUAUUAAAGGUUGCUUCUUAAGUCAUCAAUAGAUGAUGAGUUCAGAAGUCAGUUGAAAUUGUCCAGGAAAAUCAUCUGACUUAGUAAGAAUUAACAUAUUAAAUGGCCUAGCCAAUACAUUUAUAUUUAUCUAUAUACAUGUAAAGGUUUUGUCAAAUUUGUGGAUUUCAUAGAAAGGUCGCAGAAAAAGGGGUAUAUGCUGUUCUGGACGUUCUACUGCCUAAAUUAUACAAAGGAAUCCUUUAAAUAAAUUCAAUUUUUACCUAUUUAUUAUUCAAAGACAUAGAUUCAAAUCCUUUGCUGUUACUGUUUACAUAUUUCACCAUUCUUCCAGACAAACUGGUAAGUCUCAACCAUAAAUGACAGUAGAAAAUGCCAAAUUAACAGCUAGCACUCUAUUAAAAUUAUACUGCAAUUUUCAAGAUUUUUUAUUGUGUUUUUAUCAUAUUAACUUUAGAUCAGAAUUCCUUUAUGGCCAGGAUUUAUCUAUUGUACAGUCUUCAGCUUUAGGCAGUGAUUAAUCUCUGUUUGUUUUGUACCCAUAUUUUUUUAGGUGUAAUAUUUUUAAAUUUUAGACUUCUCUAAAGCUGAAGUCCUAAUUAAAAUCUCUUUUGUAUCUUACUCAUGAAGAAAAAGUAAUAUCAAUAUUUUAAAAGUAAACUUCUUUGGUAUCUAAAAACUGAUUUUGGGAAUUUUUAACUUUUUAAAAUGUAGCUCUGCUAUUUUUCUUCAAGCACUUGUGCAAGUCACAUUUUAUUUUUUUAAAAAUUCUAAUCUGUCAUUUUUUAAUUUUAUAGUUAUUUUCCAAUGCAUUUAUUCAUAAAAUAUCCAUUCUGGAAUUUAAGUGUUUGUUCAAAUGUAAUCCAAUGUACAUAGAAUUAGUGGUAGCUGUAGUGCCGUAUUUAUUGCUUAAUAAUUUUUUCAAAAAUGUGAACUUAUUUUAAUUUUCUCUUGGUUUUAAUCUGCUAAUAGAAACCACCAUUUCUUUUAUCUGUAAAACAUACCAAAGAUAUCCUGAUCAGUUAUAAUAACUCAUUUUAUGCCUAUAUAAUGUAUAUCUCUGUUUUUUGAUUGUAUGAAAAUAUUAAAGUUAUGAG